UGGCGCUGUUGUUUAUGACGUCAAAGAUUUCAUUAGCCAGGGGAGCGAAACGUCAAAUUGGUUGUAAAGAUAUCGAUUGUUCUGGUUUAUGGUGUAUCCGAUAUGGAUGGACUGUACACGCUGUUGAGGAGAGUAGCAUUUGACCGGAAUUUCUUGUGUAUAGCAUGAUCUUGUAGACGGUGGUAGUAGAGUGGGCAGUAGAACAUGGACGGCGACAACGCUAAAGUUCUUUUGGUCACUGCCAAUGUGGGAUCAAUUUUCGAAGAGCCCACAGUGAUGUUCCCACCAUGGCUAAGAGCAUUUUUACAGUGCGUGCAGGACAAGGAGCCGGGUAUGGUGGCCUUGCACUGCCAGGAAGUAGGGGGCAAGAACUACGAGGCCUCCAUGCAGCACGUCAACCAGUUCAUCAAGAACCUUUUGGCCUGCGAAGAACUACAGCGGUACGACAGAGCCCGGAUAUUUCUAGACGAGGAUUACACUGCUGCUGACAGGUUUACGGCUCUUGGGAACCUGUACUUCAUACACGAGGACAUCGACAACGCCCUCAUUUGGGAUUUUGUAGAUUGCAAGUUUGUUGCGGUUGAGGGUCGUGAGGUACUUUCUGGGAAUAUUGAAAAUGUUCCUCUAAAGGAGAAAGCUAAGUUUCCACAACAUUUCUUCCCAGAGUUUAAGUGGUCUCGGAAAGGAUUUUUGCGCACUCGCUGGAGUAUCAACAACUGCAUAUUUGACUUGGUGAACAUUCAUCUCUUCCAUGAUGCAUCAAACAUUGUUGCAAUGGAAUCAAGCCCAUCUCUAUACUGUGGCAACAGGAGGAGAGCUUUGCUACACACAUUACAGAGGUUUGAAAAUGACCAGUACAGCAAAGUGCCACUGUUUAUUUUUGGGGAUUUUAACUUCCGCCUGGAUUCCUGUCUGCUUAUAAAGGCGCUGACAACAAAGGCUGUGAAGGAACAGACAUAUGGAAAAAAAGACCAAGUGAAUAAGGUGGUUUAUACAGAGGAAGGCAAUGGCAAGGUUGUGCUAACUGUAGAAUCAAAGAGCUUUGACUUUCAUGAUAAGCAUGCUGAUCUAUUUUCCAACACUAUCAAAUGGCUGCUGCAGUAUGAUACGGAACUAUCAUCUUUUCAAGACCGCUUGUGUGAGCAUGAGAUCACUUUUCCACCAAGUUACCCAUUUACGGAAGAAGUGAGUGAUGGCUUUUCCUACAUGAAGACUCGAGUGCCAUCCUGGUGUGACCGCAUCCUACUGUCUCACAGUGCCAAAGACAUCAUAUCACAUGAGUCAUGCUCUAAACCAGAGUAUGACAUCAUUGGCAGAGAUACAUGUAUGGGAGACCACAAGCCUGUGUAUUUAUUUUUACGAAUAAAGCCAGGAAAAGCACCAACACCAAAAGCAGAGCUUUCUCCCCUGCCAGGUACAAGUGACAUCAUCAUUCCCAGCACGCAGGUGAAGAUCUCGGAGGUGGACACCACACGCUACAUUCACAUCCGACAAGGGCAGAGCUCCACUCGGGUGUUCCGGGAGACAUCAGUAUGACAGAAGCCAUGCCCUACAGUUGUUUCCUUGAACAAUCUGGAAAGGAAAUCUUCCUCUCUGUUUUAGCAAUUGCAGAUUCUGGAACUGGUUCUGACUAAAAGUGCAUGGCAACUCCAACAACACAAUGAUUUAGGACUGUAAGUUGCCUUGGGGCCAUACAUUUUCAUGGGUGAUGCAUAGCAUGAAAAGCUGAAUAUUUUAUUUAUCAUUUUGUCUGUUGGCAUACUUUGAAAAAGUAAUUUUACAACAUUUUGUAGAGGCGUAUGUGGAAGUAGGGAAGGGUGGGGCUUGGGAAGUGAACAGAUUGAUUUGAUAUAUGACCAUAGUGCACAGUGAAGGUUUAGGAUAAAUUCUGGCUUCCAAGUUUGUAUAUGAUGUGUCCACAUAUGGAUGUGCAUAUGUGUGUGAUGAAUGUAUACACAAACCUUUUAAAUGCUUGCUUUCUCAUUUGGUUACUUACACCUACAUACAAAAUGACAAUCAGUUGUCUUUUAAGGCUGACUGGCAAAACAAAAACACAAAACAUAAUUAAAAAGGAUAAAGCCCUGUUAUUCAAAGGGAAACAAAUCAUAUACUAAUGUGUCUUCUUGCUGCUGAUGAAUAAGUCAUGAAUUUAAUGUUUUGUAAACAUUUUACAUUUGUAAGUUUUUAAAAGUGAAGAUAUUGAGGAAAAAGUGAGCUUUUGGGAAAUUCUGGUAGAAACUUUAUGGUCAGUGCAUGCAUCCUUUAUUUUUUAAAUGAGGCCUUAUAACCUGUUUAGUCUGUUUUCAAUUCAAGCAUUGUAUUACAAAUUCCUUGAUUCUCAUAGUGGGUUGAUGCAAUGUCAAGUGCUAAUUAUAAAAAUGGUUUGAAAGCCAUUGUGUCUGCUGUGAAAUAAAUGAGAUUUUUUUUUUCUGAAGAAGGUUGUAACUUUUAAUCAUGUAAACUUUAAAGUAUAAAGUUUUUACUGCCCAAGAAUCUGUGUACUGUGGAAAAUUAGAAUUGUUAUUAGUUUAUAUUUUGUCUGUUACCCAUAUGUUCUUAUUGUUUUCCAUCUCUUCUUUCUGCUGUUUGCAUGUACAAUUUCUUUGUAUUAUGAUCAGUUCCUGACUAUAAAUGUACAAGUUUUAUUAGUUUUUUUAAACUUUUUUCAAACCUCACUCCUUACACCCAGUGUGGAUCCUUACUUAUAAAAAUGAUAGAAAAUAUUUUGCAGUAUAUUCAAGUACCCAGAUACAUCUUUAGGGUAAAGUGAUGUUUUCAAUAUUUUAUAAGAAGCCACAUAAACUUUCAUUCCAAAAUUGUUAGUGACAUAGGUAUUUACUAACACAAACAGUAGUCUUUGUUGCUGAUUAAAGAGGAAAUUAUAAAACAUCAUUAGCAAAAUUUCAUUUGAAUGCAAGUUAACAUCUUGCCAAUGAAAAAAGAAGAAAAAAAAGAAGAUACGCAUGUGUACACAUGUAAGUGCACAUCCUGCUUCACACUGUUAAGAUUUGACUUGUAUGCAGAGAAAGAAGUAAAAGGUGUUUACUGAUAAUUAGUUAAAUGUGAUCCUUUUAGGAAAUAGAAGCAAUUUUUCUUUCGUCUUUUGUGCAUGGUGUUCAGUAUUUUCCUCAUCCAUUCUUCAAAGUAAUUUGUCAUACACAAUCAUGAUUUUUAUUUUUUCUGAUGUGAUAUGAAUUCUUCAGUGCAGUCCAAUUUGUAUUUUACAUGUGUUAUUGUGUUAAAUAUUAUAAGUAUUAUAUAUAUAUACUUUUUCUUUAUAAUCUAAUGGGAGAUGUGUUUGCAGAAUAAGCCUAUUUAAUUUUAGAUAUACUUAAUCUUCUUUACACCUGUGUUCUAUUGAAGAGAGUGCUUGCUCAGAAAGGCUACCCUAUGUUGUAAACAAUAUUUUGCAUUAAAAAUCUUGAUGGGUCAUUAGAACAGACUGUUAUUCUUUGUGACAAAAAUGAAUUUUAAUUUGUCAGUUUCUUUGGAGAAAAGCACUUACGAAUUUGCAAUGACAUUGGAGUCCUCAAAAGUAAAACAAACACAAUAUCUUUGAAUCUUACCGAGGAUCUGACAUGACACUGAGCCCACUCUGGGGAUUUAACCUCCACUGAGACUUUCUUCUGUAAACCAGUUAAGAAUUUGAUCUUCAAGGGCUUGUAUCUUGUUAACAGAGCCAAAUUAUUUGCUCAGAUUUUGGAAAUUAGCAUCCUUCUAUAGAAUAUAUCUAUUUAUUUGGAAAGAAUUUUCUCUUGGAUUAGCCUUUAAAUUUCUUUUUGCCUGGAACAAUCUGGCAUUAAAUUAUUCAUUGUAUUUUUCAUAUAAAUGUUUUAUUUUCACUAUGUAACUUGUAUUUGAAUGCAUGUUUCUUGGGGGGAAAAGAGAAGAGAACCUAGAGCUUACAUUUUGCACGUUCUGGGAUUUAUGAGUAAUGUAUGCAAUAUGCCAAUAAACAUUUGUUUGGAGUAGAAAGUACAUGUACAUGCAGACAUUAAUGAUCAAUAUCUUGGGGGACAGUAAGGAUAAAAGAGACUGAAAAAAGAUGCACUACACUAAUCCUUUUCUUCAUGUUUUGCCUUAAUAGUGCUUUGUUAGAGAGACUGCAUGCAAGUCAGAUAUACUAUGCUCAAACAUUUAUAUGAUCUUUAAAACAUCUUAACUGGCUUAAUCUUCAUUUUCUGUAUAAAGUCUUCAUAUGUUUUUGCUCAGAAUAUGGCUUUUGUAAGUAUAAAUUAUUAAUAUUUAUUAUUUUGUUCGCAAAAUUGUGGUGGUAAAAGAGUAUUACAGAAAAUAUGGUGUUCGGUAUCAGUGUCCUGAACAUUGUGUUAAAAAGUACAUAAAUAUAGAGCAUUGACUUUUCUUUACAGAAAAAAACCCUGGUCAUGAUGUUGGAUAAGUAAUCUUUCCCUUCUUUUUCUCUCAUUCUUUCUCACUAAAUAAGUCAUUGUAGCAUCGGAUACAAGUAGUACAUCAGUAAGCAACAUUACAGUGAAAGAUGCUUAGUGGAAUUGCAUCUUUUGUGUUUAAUCUAUUGCCAAUGCUUUCCAUACACAGUGGAAACAAAAUAUAUAUUAGAUUGGUGCUAUAAUAAAUAUUUCUGAGUACCCAACAGUUUCUUUCAAAGUAAUGAAGCAAAAAACUGCAUUUAAUCAUUUCAUUAUUAUUUUGUCAAUUUGCUGGUUUUAUUGAAAACACUAGAAUAAUCUAGGGUCAAUUCACCAUUCCUUUUUUUCGGGAAAAUGACCAUAAAACAAAACAUAGUGUUUUUAUUUAAUUGUUUUUGGUAUUAAGCAUAUGAUUUCUUUUGAGUAAACUGACAAGGUCACUUACAUUAAUUAUUUGGUGUUGCUCUGUACACUUUGCAACAUUCAAAGUAUUUUCUCAUUAUAUCAAUUAUGGUUCUGUUUAUAGUCAUCUUUGUUUUGAGCAAACACUUUAUUAGUAGAAUUCAUUAUUGUUGAUAAUGAUUGUAAAUAAUUUUUACUUAGGACAGAUUCUUAGUAUACAUUUCAUGCUGAGGAGAUCAUAAUGCAGAAAAUAUGUCUAAAAUAUUUUAGUGGAUGUCAAAACGUUUCUUAUGAAAAUAACAAUUGAAUGCUGAAAACAGAAUAUUCUUGAGCAAGAUAACGAAAUUGGUUUCAGGCACACUAACAGUUUACCAUCAAACUAUAUUUUUUUAGAAGUACUUAAGUAUGUAUGUGUUUAACUUUUAUGUAGUGUCUAAAAAGACCAGUUUGAUUAAAAAUUUAAAAAAAAAACAGAUGCUUCCCCAGUUUCACAGCUGAGCUUUACCUGCUCCUACUCACACCAUCUGACAACAAGCCAUCUACGCAAAGGGACUGUCAUUUUUAAACCCCCAAAAAACUUUUAAAAUGGCUUUUCUGAUUUUUUCCCACAGAAUAUUUGAAACAUCUUUUUCAAUUAAUGUACACAAACAGAAACAAAUGUAUAUUUCCUGAAACAUGAGGACAUACUCUUGAAGGAUACUACAUGCAAAUUAGGAACAUUUUUUUAUUUGUGAUAUCCCAGUUUUCCACAGCAGACAGCCAAGCGGUUAGAGGACUGUCUGGUAUCCUAACCCAAAGUGUUUAUACCUGUGAGUGCAGCAAGCUUAACACUUAACCCUUCCCCCAGUUGACCCAGCUUUUAGGAACGGUUGUUUAAUUCCAUAGAAGCCCUAGGCCGCAAGGCAGCAAGAGAGAGGGAUUGGGCAUCAUUUUCACUUACAAGCUGGCUCUGAGUUUUAACUCUCCAAUAACCUCAAAAUAGUUACAGGACUUUUCUACAUAGGUUUCCAAAAGUCAAAUUUCUGACAAAAUUAGCAAUUUUUUUUUCAGAAAACAGCACGAGUUCAGUCCCGAUUUGAUGCACUCUUCUCUCCUCCCACCAAACUAAAAAAAAAUAAAUUAUGCUGAGAGAAGCACCAAAAACCAAAAGUUAGUGUAUGUCCCAAGUCCACACUGAUCCACACUUUCAAAGCAUUAAUCCUCACACUGAACCCAAUCUUAUCAAAAUCUAACCUUUCAAAUAAAACUAAGCCAUAACCUCUGCCCAUCAGUGUCUGGUUUCUUUAAUGUAUAUGAACAUGGAUGCACAGUGAGUCCCACACAUAGCAUCCCUGAAAGACUUUAUUAUAUGAAUGUGGAUGCUAAUUUUCUGACAAAAGUGAACAUAACAGCAUGGUACUUCGGUAUGUAUUUACUGUGCUUAAGUUCUUGUUGCAAAGCUAUAGCAAAUGUUUCUGAAAAGUCACUUAAGAUCUUUUGCUUUGUGGUGAUCUUGCACUUUCUUCGAUAUAAUUUGAAUUUUGGAAUAGGCUUUGAAUAAAGCUGGUCGAAAUUUUAUUUAAAGAAAGUAUUGUUUUGAAGUACCACACUAUGAUUGGAAGCUGAUAAGAUGCUUGCAAAUGAAAUGCAUUCCAUCAAACUUUGAAAGAAUAUCUGGCUGGAGUUAAGAUCAUGUCUGGCAUGGUCACAGCUCUCACUGUGUGCAGUUGAAGGAUGACGACAAGAGAUGUGAAAUAGGCAUCACUUUUAUGGUUUUCAGCUGGACCAUUUUCAACUUGCAUAAUAGACCUGUACGUUAUCAGCUCUUCUGAACACUGCAUGCUGUACACAAAAUGAAGGUGUGGAACCUUGUCUACCUUUAUCUCUCAAAGCCCAAUAGUCUGAUGACUUAUUUUAGAGCUGAAAACUUGUCACACUGAAUCUGCACUUUAGUCUUUAGAGGGAACUGUUUGGAUGCUUAAGAACAGUAAUAAAUAACAAGAAAGUGUCACUAGAAUCUAGCAGGCAGUGCCUGCGUUGAUGUAAGCCCUCAGUGGCUUUUAAGAGUUGUGGUGUGAAAUGUUUUUCUUUCGGUAUUUCAAUGUCAGGUUAUUUUUACCCUGUUGUUGUCAUGCUGAUCUAGACAACAUUAACACAAUCUCUCAAGACAUACUUUUUUAAAAAAAAGGAAUGAAUUUGCUCACCUUAUUUUUCUUUUUAUAUUUCCUUAUCUGUGGCAUUGUCUUAGGUAACUUAUGCAGGUCUCAUAAGUUGCUAUUGUUGCAAGUUUCUUAAAACCUGCCAAGAAAUAGUUUUGUACUAAGUACAGGCAGGUACCAGAAAUUCCUGUUACCUCAACAGUAGCUUGUAUGUAGUUUUGCAGCUUGUAAAGAUUAUUGUGUCAAAAAAAGACUGUUGUUGUCCCAUUAGAAGCUGUGCAAAGCUUGGUCUUAUCAGCCUUCAUUAUGUGUGUAAGGGAGAAAAAAAAAGAGUGCCAUAAAUGAAUGAAGAUGUGAAGACUGCAUGAAAUAUGGACCUAGUACCACAGGGUAGUACAAUCUCACAGGAUAACAUGGUGAUGUUCACUUUGCAGUCUCCACCCACAGGAGCUUUUAGUAUGAAAUGGUGUUACAAUGACGGAGUGCAUAUAGUUAUAUCGCUAAUAUUUGGAGGGUAUUUUUGUUUAAAUGCCCUUUUAAAUAUGUUAACAGUUGCAAAUAAAAAAUUCACAGAUUGUAUCAAAUCAAUCAAAGACAUGCAUAAAUAUCAAAUCUAACCACACACGGACAUGUCAUCUUUCAUGCACUAAUAAAAAUUGACUCAUAAAAUGAUAUAAAAUUUGACAAUAUUUUUAGUAAAAUGUUGGCAACUAAUCUUUCAUGUGACAUUUAUUAUUCUCUUUCCUGAUUGAAAGUUUCUUGGAGAUGUGACUUUUACUCGCUUCAUUCUUAAAUUGUGCAUAUCUGAGCCAUAAAAUAAUAGUGUCUUUAUUAGACAGUAUUUUAUUUUAAGUCUGUUUUCAAGCAUGCAUUUGUAUUUUCCUUCAUCUUAAUUUACUAUACGAUAAUCUAAACUAAUUUGUCUGUCAUAUUUCUAGUUUCACAAGCAGUUUAAAGGGUUUUCAAGUACACUGUAUUAUGUUAAAAAAAAUUGGAGCACACUAAUUUUAACAUCUGUUUGCCAAUCAUUUAUUGACAUGCUCAAACUUUUUUCUUUAUCCCUGACGGGGGUUUUCAAUAUUUUGGCAUGCUAAGUACUUCAGAGUUCAGACUAAAAACAUAAUUUGUUCCUCCACCACUUUAUGGAUCUUUCUGUUGUAUACAUGUACAGUAAUUUGUGUUUGUGCAAUUGUUAUCUGCAAGUCUUUCUUAUCACUGUCAUCUUGCCAAUUAGGAAAUGAGAACCAUGUUAGCAAGCAAGUGUGAAAAUGUGUAUUAAGGGAUAGUCUUGUUACGUGGUUUUUAGGGUUCUGAUAUGUGUGUAUUUCUGUCAAGAUACAACUUGUGUAUUUGAUAAUGGAAGUCCUAUAAUACAUUUUUAUCAUCUGUGUUGUAAAACCCUCCACUUAUAUUCCACGUGGAUGAAUUUGAUCUUUUAAUAUUAAAUGUAACAUUAUUUCUGAGUUGAAGUUCUGUGAAUUUUGUUCAACACUUUGUUUUCUAAAGAUUAUAUUCUGGCAGGCCCAGAAAACUGACCUACCAGCCAGCUUUUUAUUAUUUUAUUGUGUCAAAUUUUGUCCCCAUAUUUCCUACUUUACCCUCUUCCAUAUUAUUGUCUCUAUUUUACCAAGGGCUUUGUUUGAGUAAUUACCUCUUUAUUAAAAUGAAAUUUGUUCAGUCUAUUUAAAUCCACAGCAGUUUAACAUAAAGUCUGAAGCUUGUGUUCUCUUAACAGUUGAUCCUUGUUUCAGUUUCAGAAGUCUGUUAAUGUUAUUGUACUUUAUUAUUAAAAAACCUGUCGAUAGCAGGUAACAUUAAGCUGAUGCACAGAAUAUGCUUGAAAAUAAAGAUUCACACUUGAAGUAA